AUGAAUGCAUAUGAUUCGGCAAGUAUCUACAAAGCUCGUUCCAAGCAAUAUCACGACUCCCGUAUUGAGAAGAGAGAGUUCAAGGAGGGAGAAAAUGUUCUCCUCUAUAAUUUUCGUUUGACGUUAUUCCCGGACAAGCUCAAGUCCCGGUGGAGCUUCCCAUUUGAUGUAGUGAGAGUGUUCCCACAUGGUGCAAUUGAGAUUAGGGGACAAGAUACCGACAACUUCAAAGUGAAUGAUCAUAGGCUUAAGAAUUAUUAUAUAGGUGACUCUCUUGGCUCGUUUGCUAUCAUGGACCUCAAGGACCCCCCAUGA